AAACCUUAGCAAACACACAGAGUAGCUCUCUGGCAUAGCUUAAGUCCCAGGACAGGUAAGUGUGGGCAGGCAGGAGUGGCAGGAAAACAAGGACCCCUCUGUGCCAAGGAGGGCAGGUCUCUACACAGCCUCCAGAAGCCAGCCUGGCCCUGGCUCUGAUGAGCAACAGCCAAGGACUACCCAGACUGCAAGACAGCCGCAGGCAAAUGAAGGCUUCAGCAAAGGAAUAUGGCAACUCCAAGCAGACUCUCACUUUCAGACUCACUGCACAUAGCAAUUUUGGCUUCCAUACUUUCUCUUAUAAUUUACUGGAUCAUCAGAGACAAAUACAGAGUGAGAAACCUGAAUGGAAAGCAUGUCUUCAUAACAGGCUGUGACACCAGACUUGGAAACUCACUGGCUAAAUGGCUUGACAAAAGGGGAUUUUGUGUCAUUGCUGCAUGUGCUACAGAAAAAGGAAGCCAAGAGCUACUGUCCUGCUCUUCACUCUCACUGAAGACAGUGAAUCUGAACUUAGCAGACUCCAACAGCAUUGCAAGGGCUGUGAUGUUUGUGAAUGAACAGACAGCUGGCAAGGGGCUUUUUGGCUUGGUGAGCUAUGCUGAAGGAACAGCAGCUGCUGGACCCACCGACUGGCUGAGGAUUGAAGAUUUCCGUUCAGUCCUGGAUGUUAGUCUGCUGGGAUUGAUUGAAAUCACACUCAAGCUUCUGCCACUUCUGAAAAAAGCUGAGGGAAGAGUUGUCAAUCUCAUUAAUGCCAAAGGCUUCAUGGCUUUUGUAGGGGGUGGCUACAGUCUGUCCAGAUGGGGCAUGGAAGCUUUCUCUGACACCUUACGGAUAGAAAUGCAGCAUUUUGGAGUGAAAGUAAGCAUUGUUGAGCAUGGUUUCUUUAAGGCAGAAGAAGUUAAUUCAGAUAUUGAGAAAUACCUCUUCAAACUUUGGAACAGACUGACUCCUGAGAUCAGGGACUCCUACGGAGAAAAAUACUUAGUUGAAUAUAUAAAAGCCCAAAGAUCAUCAGUGAAAAGACUGUGUGACUAUGAUAUUACUAAUGUCAUAAAAUGCAUGGAACAUGCCCUGAUAGCAAGGUACCCCAGGACACGAUACAGAGCUGGAUGGGAUGCAAAGUUCUUCUGGCUGUUUCUCUGCUAUGCCCCAAGCUGUUUGUCAGAUAUGCUGUUGCGUAUUACAUUUCCAGCCCCAGCAGUGAGCGGGAGACCAGUUCAUGGAGUUCUAAUUAAUGUCUAGUAUUAAAACAGUGUCAGCUGUGCAGAAAUAAAUAUUGAUCCUAUCAAAACUAGAAGUCCUCUUCUUUACCAGUUACCAGACUGUUAAAAUUCUUUUCAGAAGACACUUUCUCCAUCCCUCAUCCCAUCUUACCUGAAAUUCUGAGUUCACAGGUAGGCUUGAAUCCAGCAUGUUUUUGAAGGCUGUUGCUCAGAAAUUAUAUCUCUAUAGGAUCUGCAUUCAUAAAAUUUUCAGCUACAAAGCUAGUUAAUACUAUUCACACAAGACAUGAAGUCAAAUAAUAACAAAGUCCAGCUAGUGCAGAAUAUUCCAGAAAUUACAAUUAUAAUAUCUGACUACAAUUAUAGUAUCUUGAUUAUUCAAUUCUGCAGAAAAAAAACAAGCAAUUUUACAGAAAUGCAAUUCUAGGGAAAAUCAAAACUCUACUGCUCUAUGCAAGCAGAGUAUUGAAAUGCAUAUUUUAACUUUCUUCCUAAUAUUAGUAUGGUUUAUGGGGAAAACACAAAACAAAUAUGUGUUCAUAUUUCUUUUAUCCUCAGUGUGUUUUGCAAGUUUAAAGUAUUAUUAUUUUACUUAUCAGAAGAAAUAAGUCAUCAGUGUAGGCUAUAGCAAAUUCUUUCAGUUGUACAGAACAUGUU